AUGGAGAAGCUUUUUCAUUCCGUGUCUGAGAUUGCCCUCGGUGAGGAUGGAUGGAAAAUCAAGGUUCGUGUUUUGAGGCUUUGGGAGGUGCCCUCUUUUCUCAAGCCAGAUCAGACAAACUCCCUUGAGAUGGUUCUUAUCGAUGAGAUGGGUACCAAGAUCCAUGCCAGUGUGAGGAAGCAACUUUUUUAUGUUUUCCAAAGCAAGUUGAGCGAGGGAAAGGUCUAUGAGAUGUCCUGUUUCUCUGUUGCUCCAAGUGUUGGUUCUUAUCGCACCACCCUACACCCAUACAAGAUUGUUUUCCAGAUGACAACCAAGGUUCAAGCUUGUGAGGGUGCUUCUAUUCCUUCGUUGGGAAUUUCUCUCUGUAAGAUUGCUGAUGUCUGCCAGCACACUUCCGAUCAUGACUACUUAGUUGAUGUUCUUGGUUUUAUGACUGGAAUCUCUGUUGAGAGAGAGUAUGUAAGGGAUGGUAAGGUCACCAAGAUGGUUAUUUUUGAGAUUACUGAUGCAAGUGGUAAGUGUGAGUGUGCCCUUUUUGGCCAAUACGUUGACACUUUGAACAAACUAAUGGGUAAGUCUGGUGGUGGGAUGCCUAUAAUCUUGGUGCAGUUUGCCAAGGUCAAGAUAUUCAGAGACAAGGCAUCCCUUCAGAAUGUAAUGAACACCACUCGGAUUUUGAUAAAUCCUCCCAUAGAGCAGGCUGACCAGAUCAGGAAGAGUGUUACUUUUGGUAGUAUGGAUGUCUCAUCUGUUCCCAGGAUUGGGGCACGUUCAAAGGUAUCCCUUGAGGAGGACUUUCUUCGUACCUUCCCCAAAAAGACUCUUGAACAAUUGCACUCAACCUUUGAGGAUGGAGUGUUUGUUGUUUAUGCUACAAUUGGUGGGCUGGUUGACCAUGAAGAUUGGUGGUAUCCAGCCUGUAAAUGCCAUAGGAGUGUGUCUGCUGAUUCUGGUGCGUUUUACUGUAAGGGGUGUGCCAAGCAUGUUUUUCAGAUGGUCCCAAGGUUCAGGGUUAAGGUUAAUGUCAGCGACGCAACCAAUGUUGGUGUUUUUGUUGUCUUCGACGGUGAUAUGCAGAAUUUGCUCAACACACCCUGCAGUAGCCUUGUGUCUGUUGCAAAGGCUGAAAAUGCUGGACAUUAUCCACCUGAGUUUGAAAAGUUGAAAGGUAAGAAGAUGUUGUUCAAGGUUGAGAAGUGUACUUCUUCAAGCAUUUUCUUUGACGGUUCCUUUAGGGUGAAGAGGGUUUGUGAUGAUCCUGCUAUAAUUCAGUCGUUCCAUUUUGUUGGUGGUCAAUGUACUCCGUCAAAGGAAUUUACUGCUGAUCUCCCAAAGGAUGUCUACCAUCUCGAUGAUGAAGAUGUCGUCGUUCGUUCGUUUGUCCAUGCCGCCUUUGGUGAAGGUUGUUCCAGGGCAGUUGCUUCUGCUGGUGAAUCGGAUAUGCGUUCCACCUCUGUUGGUGUGAAGAGGAAACUAGAGGGUACCUUUGUUGAGAUUGAUUCUGAUGAUGAGCCAUUGUCUUUGAGAUAUGGCAAGUUGAAGCAAGGUUGA